AUGUCGCUCUCUAUGUUUAAGAAGAUUGAGGGUUUAGAACUCAAGCCUACUAGAAUGACACUCCAAUUGACGGACAGGUCUCUUAAAUACCCUUGUGGGGUGGUUGAAGAUAUGCUUGUGAAAGUGGAAAAAUUUGUAUUUCCGGUAGAUUUUGUUAUAAUGGAGAUGGAGGAGUAUGGAGAUGUGCCUCUCAUUCUUGGGAGACUGUUUAUGAAGACUGUAAGAGUCUUAAUUGAUGUGGAGAAUGGCAAGCUUAAAGUAAGAGUGCAAGAUGAAGAAGUAAAUUUUGAUAUGUUUGAAGCUAUGUCACAUCCUAAGGAUGAUAAAGCAUAUUUGAAUGAAGAGGAACAAGAACUGAUCAAUGAGUGUUUGACUGACUUGGAGGUGUUAAAAGAACUCCCAUUGCAUGAGGCGAAUUUUGAGAAGAUUGAUACCAAGGAAGAGGUCAAGGAAAAGAAACUGGAGUUGAAAAUAUUACCACCACAUUUAAAGUAUGUUUUCUUAGAAGAAGGUGGAAAGAAACCGGUCAUCAUUAGUAAUUCUUUAUCUUCCAUAGAAGAAGAAAAGUUGGUAGAAGUAUUGAAAGCCAACAAAAGAGCUAUUGUAUGGUCAAUUUCAGAUCUUAAAGGUAUAAGCCCAACUUAUUGCAUGCACAAAAUAUUUAUGGAGGAUGAUUAUAGACCAAUUGCUCAACGACAAAGAAGACUAAAUCCUGUGAUGAAGGAGGAGGUAAGAAAAGAAGUUCUGAAGCUUCUGGAGGCUGGUAUUAUAUAUCCUAUUUCUGACAGUGCAUGGAUGUGCAUUGAUUAUAAAAAGCUAAAUAAGGCCACAAGGAAGGAUAAUUUUCCUCUUCCUUUUAUGGAUCAGAUUUUGGAAAGAUUGACAGUGUUUGGUGAUUCUUUUCAUGUGUGCUUGGCUAACCUAGAUAUUGUGCUUAAGAGAUGCGUCCAAACAAACCUUGUGCUUAAUUGGGAAAAAUGUCAUUUUAUGGUAACUGAAGGAAUUGUUUUGGGUCAUAAGAUUUCUUCCAGGGGAAUUGAAGUUGAUAAAGCCAAAGUGGAGGUCAUUGAGAAACUUCCACCACCAAUGAAUGUGAAAGGAAUUAGAAGCUUUUUGGGCCAUGCUAUGUUUUAUCGAAGAUUCAUUAAAGAUUUUUCGAAGAUUGCCAAACCCUUAAGCAAUCUCCAUGUCAAAGAUGUGGCUUUUGUAAUGGAUGAUGAGUGCAUGAAAGCUUUUGAGAUUCUGAAGAAGAUGCUUGUUUCUGCGCCAAUUGUAGCUCCAGAUUGGAAUCAAGACUUUGAGUUAAUGUGUGAUGCUAGUGAUUAUGCUAUAGGUGUUGUAGUUGGUCAGCGAAGGGAGAAGGUGAUUAUCUACACAGAUCAUGCAGCUAUAAAGUAUUUGCUAACUAAGCCCGACUCUAAACCACGUUUGAUUAGAUGGGUACUUUUACUGUUAGAGUUUGAUGUGGAAAUCCGUGACAAGACAGGUUUGGAACUCCCAGGAUACUCAUUAGUGAUGGAGGAUCUCAUUUUUGCAACUUUCAGCUUGCAAAGGGAAAUAAAGAGGAUUCUGGAGAAAAUAGUUGCUUCAUCAAGGAAGGAUUGGUCUCAAAAGCUAGAUGAUGCUCUUUGGGCAUACAGAACGACAAUGAAGACAACUAUAGGGCUAUCUCCUUUUCAGUCAGUCUAUGGAAAAGGAUGUCAUCUACCAGUGGAGAUGGAACAUCGAGCUUUGUGGGCUUUGAAGUUCUUAAAUUUUGAUACUAAUGAUAGGAGAAGAAAGCGAAUUCUUGAGCUUGAAGAGAUGCGGUUGCAUGCUUAUGAUUCCUCUAGGUAUUACAAAGAAAAG